GAGGAGGGGAGGUGAGGGGAGGCAGCCUGUUGCUCAUGAUCAUCAAGCAUACUCCUCGUACUCCACGAGCAGAGACGGAGCUGAGUCAAAGCAGGCAGGAGCGGCAGAAAAAACACAUUUCAUAUAUUUUCCCUCAUGUGCGCUCUCCUCUGAGCGCUUUGAGCAAAACUGACUUGAGGGGAAGUGAUCCAGGAGUUCACAGUGACCGUGUGAUGGUGGCAGGUUGAACCUCAGGGAUGUGAGCAGACCAGUAAAGAUGACCCUGCUGGCGGGUGAUGGCUCCGACUACGACUACAGUGCCCUGAGCUGUGCGUCUGACACCUCCCUCAACGUGCCUCCCCUACAUGAGGAGGAGGCCCAGAAAGGAGUUUUCUACAAGCGGGCGCACCGUGCCCCGGAGCUCAGCACCAUCGACGAUGAUGACACACUUCUGUCCAGCGCCCGUAAGCUUCACGCCAUCAUCAACGUGGGCGGCAUGCGGUACCAGCUGCCUUGGACCACCUUGGAGGACUUCCCCCUGUCCCGCCUGGGCCAGCUGCACCUCUGCAGCAGCUUCGACGAGAUCAUGAGCAUCUGCGACGACUACGAUGUCAUGCACAACGAGUUCUUCUUCGACCGCAGCCCCUGCGCCUUCCGGACCAUCCUGACCUUCCUGCGGGCGGGGAAGCUGCGCUCCCUCCGGGAGAUGUGCGCCCUCUCGUUCAGGGAGGAGCUGCUCUACUGGGGCGUCCCCGAGGAGAGCCUGGAGUGGUGCUGCCGCCGGCGCCUGCUGCAGCGCGUGGAGGAGUUCGAGGCGAUGGAGAGGGCGGAGGAGGAGGAGGACCUGCUGGAGGAGGAGGACAGCGGCGACAAGGAGCACGCGGCGGAGUCCAGGCUCAGUCAGUGCAUGGGCAAGCUGAGAGACAUGGUGGAGAGGCCGCACUCGGGCCUGCCGGGGAAGAUCUUUGCCUGUCUGUCGGUGCUGUUUGUCACCAUCACCGCCGUCAACCUGUCCAUCAGCACCAUGCCUGCCAUGAGGGAGGAGGAGGAGGCGGGCACGUGCUCCCAGAUGUGCUACAACAUCUUCAUCGUGGAGACGGUGUGCGUGGCCUGGUUCUCCCUGGAGUUCACCCUGCGCUUCAUCCAGGACCGCAGCAAGCUGACCUUCCUCCGGCAGCCGCUCAACAUGAUCGACGUGGUGGCCAUCCUGCCGUACUACAUCACCCUGCUGGUCGACAGCACCUCCAAAGGGGAGAAGCGCCUCGGCUCGGGCAACAGCUACUUGGACAAAGUGGGCCUGGUGCUGCGCGUGCUCAGGGCCCUGCGCAUCCUCUACGUGAUGCGACUGGCUCGACACUCGCUGGGCCUGCAGACUCUGGGCCUGACCGCACGCCGCUGCACCCGAGAGUUCGGACUGCUCCUCCUCUUCCUCUGCGUGGCCAUCGCCCUGUACUCCCCGCUGCUCUACUUGAUAGAGAACGAGAUGGCCGCCACGCAGGAGUUCACCAGCAUCCCCGCGACGUACUGGUGGGCUGUCAUCACCAUGACAACGGUGGGGUACGGGGACAUGGUGCCCAGGAGCAUCCCCGGGCAGGUGGUGGCUCUGAGCAGCAUCCUCAGCGGGAUCCUCCUCAUGGCCUUCCCCGUCACCUCCAUCUUCCACACCUUCUCGCGCUCCUACGUGGAGCUGAAGCAGGAGCAGCAGAGGCUGCUGCAGAGGAGGACUCACUUCCUGCUGCGCAGCCGCAUGGCCGGCCUGGGCAGCGACCUCUCCUUAGACAGCGACAUGCUCUUCCCUAUAGGCCCGUCUGACACCAGACACUUGGAUGACUGAGACUGAUGGAGUGUGAAGGACAUUUUUACAGAAAAGAAAGAGACUACGGGGGGAGAGAAACCCAAGAAAGGAAAAUGAUUUGAGACAAAAAACAGGGGUUAAGAAGAGGCAGCGUACAGUAGAUAGACGAGGGAGAGAGAAGUCUCUAUAAACAAAAUACAGAGGAGAGAAUGGAUAGUUCUUCUUCCCAGAAAAUGCAGCCUUGCAGUGUAGCAGUGACCUCUGAAUAAAACUGAACAAACACAGAGAGGAGAAACAGAUCAGAGGAUAAAGAAUAAAGAAAAUUGCCUAAAAUAGAUUCAUGUUUCUAA